GUGGGUGCUUUUGCUGCCCUCUCUGCAGGUGCUGUUCCAGCCACAGCCAUGUCCUGCUACGACCUGUGCCGGCCCUGCGGCCCCACCCCGCUGGCCAACAGCUGCAACGAGCCCUGUGUCCGGCAGUGCCAGGACUCCCGUGUGGUCAUCCAGCCCUCGCCCGUGGUGGUCACCCUGCCCGGGCCCAUCCUCAGCUCCUUCCCCCAGAACACCGCCGUGGGAUCCUCCACCUCUGCCGCCGUGGGCAGCAUCCUGAGCGAGUCCGGGGUCCCCAUCAACUCGGGCGGCUUUGGGCUCUCGGGGCUCUCUGGCCUUGGUGGCCGCUACUGCGGCCGCAGGUGCCUGCCCUGCUAGAGCUGGGCCGGACGUCCAGCGAGUGCCUCCCCCAGGACACCCCAAGCCAGGUGCCGCGCUGAGGCUGGAGCUGCUGGCCAGCG